UCAUCUCCAUUAAACAAGUCCAUCAUAACUUCUUUUGCCAUAAAACAGGGUCUUCGACUAAACCCGAGUGGGCCUUCUACGACGCUUCUAGAGGCCUUCUUCUAUUAACCAUUAAUCGUCGAUUUCACUUUAGCCUCGGAGCACGUUGCGUGUCUUUUCAUGUGCUUGUCCCAACAAAACUACCCUGGUCCAACAACACAACAAUAAACGAUCGGAGAAGUGGAACUUGAUUCGUAUAUAAGUCGAGAACUAAGGCGCAAGGACAGAAACUAAUUGUCAGUUAACGAUUCUACGCAAAGUUCCUGACUCUAGCUGCAUGUGUUCCAAGUCUGGAUAGCCUCAUUUCAUCAUGGCCGAAACUCAGCCCUACGGCGUCCGCAAUCGCCGGCCUUCAGCCACAGACAACCUUAUCAAUGCCGCUAAGAACUUCGAAUCAAAGGUUGAGCGAUCUCUCCUCAUCCUAUGGGAUGAUCUCCCAGCCUGGCGUCGCGACAAUGCCUUCAUCCUCUCUGGCUACCGUCAAUCUCAUGGCUCCUAUGCCCACUCAUUCCGCUCCCUCUUUUACCUCCACAACGAGUCCGUCAACAUCUGGUCUCACCUCCUCGGUGCCAUAGUAUUUCUCGCUAGUGCAGCCUACGUUGAUCGAGUUGUCCGGCCACGGUACGAGAGCGCAAGUAGCGCUGAUGUACUCGUCUUUGCAUGCUUCUUUGGAGGCGCUGUUGUGUGUUUGGGGAUGAGUGCUACAUACCAUACUUUGUCGAAUCACAGCGAUACUGUUUCAAAGUGGGGGAACAAGUUGGAUUACACAGGCAUUGUGGCUUUGAUCGUUGGCAGCUAUGUUCCUGCUCUGUAUUACGGCUUCUUCUGUCUGCCUAACCUGAUGGCCUCAUAUCUCUGGGUUAUAUGUAUACUUGGUCUAGGAUGUACAAUCGUUUCAUGGGUUGAGCGCUUCCGGACCCCAGCAUGGCGUCCGUACCGUGCAAUGAUGUUCAUCAGCCUUGGUCUCUCUGGCGUUGUUCCUGUCAUCCAUGGCCUUUUCAUCUAUGGUUAUCAAGGCCUUGAAGAUCGGAUGAGUCUCAGCUGGGUUCUCCUCCACGGGGCCAUGUACAUCUUUGGCGCUGUACUCUACGCGGUAUGUCCUCUCUGACUCUCCACGUAAAGCAUCUAAAUCUGACUUAACAGGCUCGCUGGCCCGAGAGGAGUGCACCUGGCGCCUUCGAUAUCUGGGGAAGCUCGCAUCAGAUCUU